UAACUUUUCCAUAGUGGCUCAAUAGUAAAAUUGUAGAAUGACUGUUCUGUUUGUGCUUCGUUUACCCGCACGUUUUGUGGAAUUUCGUUCACAUUUUAAAAAGGUUUUCCUCGUACACUGUGUCCGCAAACGUGUUCAAUGUUGUUUCUACACCAAGGAUAUAAACGUGGAUCACCCAGGUCGUGGUCUCGAGCGGUACAAGGAGUUACAAUCGCAUUUCAAGAGACACUUGAAGGCAACAUACAGCAGGUUCGCAAACGUACCAGACCACUCAGCGGUUUUUGGACGUCACCAUAUUUACUUUUUGGAAGCAGACGGUAUCUACAGAACGGAAAAGAAACCACAUAUCUCAACUGCAAAAAAAAAUCCAACAGGUAAGACUGAACCAGAGCAGGUUCUCAACCUUGGAUGCAUCACAGCUGGUGAGGAGAUAGGUGAGUGGACUGUUCAAAGAAUACGACUCUCCCCUCAGGAGAAGCAUCUUGCCGCCACCUUGAAGAAACAUGCCACAGAAAAAACAAGGUGUGUAAUUGUGACACUCGGCCAAAGAGACAUACUGACUCUAGAUGACGUCUUUAGCUUUGAGUGGGCCACAGAUGAGGUGUUGUUUUACACCCUCCAGGAAGGUUUGAAGUGCCAAAAAGUGUAUCGUCUGGACUUGACCAAGAAUGGAAGCAUGAUAACUUCUGUGUACCAAGAAUUGCAGCCGGAUGUGUUUGUGGAGGUGUCCCUUUCCCGAGACCGCCAAGUGCUGAUCAUCACCUGCAGCAGCAGGAGCAGCUCCGAGGUGAUGCUCGUGGAUGUCACGAACCCCCAUCUGGAACCUACCCUGGUUCAGGCGCGCCAGCCAGAGCUUUUGUACCACGUGGAACACUGGAGACAGAACUUAAUCAUUCUCGCCAACACGGGGCCUGGACAGGAAUAUCAGGUGGUGAAGGCGCCCCUCUCAAAACCCUCUAUGGUCUCAUGGGACACAGUGUUCACCCCACGUUCCGGCACUGUGCUAAAAGAUAUGGAUGUGGUCGGGGAACAUUGCAUUCUGCUUGCCUCAAUGGCAAACAACGAGCUUGAACUGAUUGUCGUUCCACUCUCCCGACCGAUGGAAGCAUAUAGUUUGCAGCUACCUUUCUGGGCAUGCGUUGUUGAAUCCAAGCGUCCUGGCCUUGCAGACCAACUCGACACCUUCAAAUUCCUGAUCUCCUCUCCAGUCCGACCUCCGGUAUUGUACCGUCUUUACGCAGAGGACGGCCAUCUUUCAUCAGGUACCGAAGACAGGCCAUCUUGUUUUCAAAAGCAGCAAAGGAAUUAUAUCACGAAACGUUUGACAGCCUGCAGCAAGGAUGGUACCUUCGUACCAGUGACACUGCUUCACAGUGUGGAGUGCAAGAGAGACACACCUCUGCUUGUCCACGUCUAUGGAGCUUAUGGCCAGGAUGUCAACAUGCAGUUCUGCCCGGUAAAAAGGUUCCUGCUGGACCAGGGCUGGGCUCUAGCCUAUUGCCAUAUUAGAGGGGGAGGAGAGUGUGGGCUGGCCUGGCAGAGACAAGCCCGCGUCGAGGGGAAGCACAGAGGAGUGGAAGACCUUCGAGCCUGCCUCAGUUACCUCUUUUCCUCAGGGGUCUCCAGCCCUUUGCGGACAGUCCUCACUGCAUGCAGCGCCGGAGCUGUGCCGGUGGGGGCUUUGUGUAACGUACGGCCAGAUAUGAUGAGAGCAGUCAUACUGCAGAGUCCUUUCCUGGAUGUGCUGGGUACAAUGGAGGACCCCAAACUGCCCCUCACAGUGGAGGACAGGGAAGAGUGGGGGAAUCCCGUGGAAAACCCAGAACACAUGCAUACCAUCGCCUCCUAUUGCCCAGUCCAUAACAUUACCCCUCAGCGCUACCCGUCAAUGCUGCUGACAGCCUCCACAGAUGACGACAGGACACCUCUGGCUGGUGUCCUGAAGUAUGCCAAGAAGUUAAAGGAAGCGGCACAAACUCACUCCAACAUGGUGUCCAAAUCAGAUGCUGAACCAAAUAUAGUCGUGAAUAUCCAACCUGGAGCCAAUCACACAGGACCAGAUGGGUGGGAGUCCAUGCUGGAAGAGGAAGCCCUCCGGCUAGCGUUUCUCUACAAUGAGCUGGACCUGGACCCUCCUCGCCAUCCGCGCAGGAGGAAGAUAUAAAAGUUGUGUUGGAUGAAAGCAGACGACAGGACAAGCAAGAAUGAGACUGCGGUUUCUUUUUGAUUAAUGCAUAUCUGAUGAGAUAUAAUACAAGAGCUACAUGUUAGCAUGUAUAGAGAAUGUCCAUGGCACUCAAAUAACAGGCCUUCUCAGAUAUGUAACACCGCCCCGGGUGGUUGGUGUUAAACCGAGCAUGUGCAGAGAACUCGAUCAUUAAACCCUCUCCUGGCUCAGUUGGGAUCUGAGAUUUGCUGACCGUUUUACCGUCAUUGGCCCGGUUGGUGCUCAUCAGAAUCCGCAGCCGUUCGGGCAGCUCGACGACCGCCGAGAGAUCGGAAACUGCGGACUCGUUGCCAAAAUUGAGCACCACGAGGAAAGCGCGGUCCAGCCCGUCUAACUCUCGCAAGUAAGCAAAGAUGCUGCUGUCGGCAUAAAUGUAACAGAACCAGCCCCGUUGAAGUGCCAGCUCAGACUGACGCAACGUGCUCAGGAAGCGGUACUGCGACAACACCGAGCCUUUGUCUUGUUUCUGGACCUGAAGGAGGACAUGUGCUGUUUAAGAAAAUUUGUUUUUGUUUUUUUUUUGUGUGUUUGUGGAGGGGUUUAUACCUCCACAUUGACAUUCCUCCAGUUGGGGUGCACAGGCAACCAGGUCACGUUGGUCUUGUCGUUGAAGCCUGCAUUGGAGUUGGCACUCCACUGCAUUGGGGAACGCUGAAGAUCUCGACUGGCACUCUGCAGCAAACACACGUGAAUGUACAGUGCCCUCCAUAAUUAUUGGCACCCCUGAAAAAGUUGUGGUUUUUAGCUUCUAAUAUAUAUUUUUUAAU